AAAAAUAAAUGGUAAUUAUGAGCGUCGAAAAAUGAAAUUUUCGUCAUUUAGUUAUUUGACAAAUGCUUUUUUACUGUAUUUUAUUGUUCGUACUUGCACAUCGCGUACGUCCGAUCACGUGCGAUCGUCUAAGAUCGGUGGGUUCGAGAUGGGUCGUAUCGAAAAAAUUAAAAAUUAAAAAUUAAUUGUUAAAGUUUGCGAUAAUAAUUAAGUUAAGAAGAAGUAGCCUAGUAAAUUUAGUUUGUAGGAAGAUAUCGAUACAUGUUAAAUCAAUGAUGCUGAGCUUGCGCCCCGUUACAACCCUUCGUAUACAUGGUACAUGUACUACACAUAUAUAUACAUAUAUGUAUGUAUACACGAUGGUGCGAGGUUCUGAGUAUCUCGUUCUCGCCAAGUUUCAACUUGUUCGUUGAUUGUGCGCUUUCAUUCUCUCUUCGAUGCCGGUACCUGUCUUUGUUUUUUGCUGCAUCUUGCAAUCUUGAAUCUUCACUGGAAAGAAUGAUCGUGGAAUGUACUGAAUAUCAUCGGAUCGUCGGCAACGUUGUCGAUGCUUCGAUCACUGGAAGCACCAGUAAGAAUAAUAAGAGCAAGAGCAGCCACCAGCAGCCAGUACUGUCAUUGUAAGAGUUAGAGUCAGCGUCAGCGUCAGCUCCGUUACCAGUGUCGUCGUCCCUACCCCCCCCGAUAGGCAUCCCUUGUAUUGCCGGCAUCACAAACACCACUAUAAUACGUCUUACUAUACACCGGUUACUACUACUUGGUGUUCGUCAACUGCCUACUUUUCCAUUUCUCCGUCGGUUUAAAAGCGGGGUGGUAGCAGCGGGUGUACCCAUGCUCACACCCUGUGGAAUAUCGUAACUCUUGAAACAUCCGAGUCCAGCGUAGACGUAGUAAGAAGAGUAACGCGCGCGCGCCAACCAACCAGCCAGCCAGCCAGCCAGCCAGCCAGUCAACCAGCCAGCCAGCCAGCUACCUUCGUUUCGAGUAUAAAGCGAUUCGUACACCAUCUUUGCUCGAUUUUCAUGAGAGAAAGUGUUAUCAAAACGGACACGUGCAUGUUCGUUUAUUUACGAGGAGACGAAGAAAACGUAAAAUUUUACUAGAAAUUCAUUAUUUCGAAUCGAAUUUCAUCGCAUCUAAAUUUCUGCCGCGUAUAAAUAUCCGAUUAUUCUAUUUUAUCAUUUUUUUCUCUUCCGUUUCCUCCGCGUUCACCCCAUUGCUCUUCUUUCUCUCUUCAUUUCUAUCCCUGUCUUUCUGCUUCCAUAUUCCCCUUCUCUGUUACUCUGGUUGCCACCCCCUUCUCGCUACCAGUAUUCCCUUAUCCCACCCUCGUCCUUCAUUCUUUUGGGUUCUGUGCGCGUUACGGUGUGAACAUACUUGAGAGAUCGCGCGACAAGGCGGUAAUCGGUGGUGCAAUCGUGAAUCGUGGAGAAACGAAUCGCAUCGAAAGCGCAUCGAACGAUGUCUACUUUAUUCGUAAAUGAAAAAAUACGUGCUCGCAUCGAAAGAAUAGGAUAAUAAAGAAGAACGUUGAUUUAUCCAGCGGAUUGCGAUUGGUUGGUUCGUGUUUCAUUUCGUCGUUUGCUCUCACAUUCGACCGCUCAUCGAUACCGUCGAAACAAUGUUUCUGUCCGUUGAGAAACUGGUCUACUACGGAGUGUUGUUACUUGUAUGGAUCCGGUCAAGUUAUCAACAGGAAGAGGAUAUACCUCACAACGAGGUAAAAAACUGGGCGUUGAAGUUUGGCGUAGAUCUAUGGGAGUUUGGCAAACAAGUUACGAAAAUGAACGAGAUACAAAGGAAAUAUCACGACAUGGGAGCUGAAGUUGUAAGAAAGGAUGGUCUCGUCUUAGUCCGAGAAAUGGCUGCAGAAGUGAAAAAUAUGUUGGAUUUUAAAAUGAACGCCGUCAUGAGAUUAGUGGAGAGCGCAGAACAAGCGGCCGUAUCGGCACCUAGGGAUGGAAACGUAUCACCAAAGUAUUACGCUUCUCAACGGUUCGACACCAGUUUUACCGGAGAUGGGAAAACGUGGACCGGUCAAGAAACUUUUCUUUCUUCUAACCGUCAUUUCGAUCAUUUGGCCGUGAAUACCAGUCUAUCAACGGUUUUAUUACCUGCCGGCGUGAAAGAUGUCGAUCAGGAAGUAGCAGCGGCUAUCCAAUGGAGCGAAUAUCUGGAUCUGUUGUUUGUUAAUAAUUACGAAAGCGAUCCUUCGCUAUCUUGGCAAUACUAUGGAGCAACAUCGGGAUUCUUACGACGUUUUCCUGCUAUAUCUUGGCCACCGAUCGAAGAUGGUGGAACGAGCGCGACCAGUGGGAGGAAAAAGGCAAACAAACUUGUUCGAGACGUGUACGACUUUCGAAUUUCCAAUUGGUUCGUUGGAGCGGCGAACAGUCCUAAAGAUUUGGCUAUAUUAAUCGACACGGAGUGUUACGCAUCUGAAAGAAACAAACGUCUGACCGUCAGUACCGCUAAAACUAUACUCGAUACUUUGGGUCCUGACGAUUACGUGAACGUUUAUCGUUACGGAGAUACCGCGGAAGAGAUCGUACAAUGCUUUAAAGACAGUUUAGUUCAAGCAUCGCCAGAAAAUUUGCACGAGUUGAAAGUGGCGGCAAGUUCGAUGAAAUACGAAGAAAUGCCGACAAACAUAUCGGCUGCGCUUGGGACUGCCUUUGAAAUUCUUCACAGAUACAACAGAACGGGUCAAGGAAGUCAGUGUAAUCAAGCUAUAAUGUUGAUUACAGUGGAUAACGCUGGCCUACCUACGGAUGUGAUUAAGCGUUACAAUUGGCCUCAUAUGCCUGUCCGUAUUUUUACAUAUCUCAUCGGUGGUGACAAGAGCCCGGAAUUGCGAAACGCGGCAUGUGCUAACAAAGGAUUUUACGCGAGAGUUAGCGAUUUCGAAGAUAUCAAGAGUAAGGUUUUCGAAUACGUAAAAGUGCUUGCGCGGCCUAUGGUACUGUAUCAACACGAUCAUCCUAUUCAUUGGAGUCCGGUCUACGUUGGCGGAAAGAGUGGUAGAUACGGUAAAGAAAGGUUUGGACAAUUGAUGACCUCGGUAACAGCACCCAUUUUAGAUCGUCGAAACCAUACGGUGAAAACGGCCAACUUGUUGGGUAUCGUGGGUACCGAUGUACCUACAGAAGAAAUUCAAAAACUGGUCCCUCCUUAUAAGUUGGGUGUGAACGGAUACUCGUUCGUCGUCGACAAUAACGGUCGUGUCUUGUAUCAUCCGGAUCUACGACCAUUGCCAGGAAACGUGGACUACGAGGAAACGUUAAAGCCUACGUACAUUAGCGUGGAUCUGUCGGAAGUCGAGCUGGCAGAAUACGAUGGACCGUUGCACCCGUUAAACAAUUCUCUUCUUCUGGAUCUGAGACACGAUAUGAUCGAUCAGAAAGAGGGAGAGACGGAUUUUGCGAUUAAAAUUCAUUACGAUAACAUGAGACGAGUUACCAUUAGACGGCACAAUUACUUUUAUAAGCCGAUAGAAGGAACACCGUUUUCAUUGGGAUUAGCAUUGCCCGAGGGUUACGGCAUGUUUGAACUGUUGGCCGAACAAGAAAUCAAACAUUCUAUAGUACCUGUAACCAAUUAUUUUAAAGGAAGUAAUUGGAAGGUGCAUCCAGAUUGGGUGUAUUGCGAAUAUAGUUCGGCUUCCGAAAAAUGGUUCUCUUCCCCCGAAGAACGCGUUCUCCAUUUUUUGGCAAGAACCGGAAGACCGGGGUGGAAAUGGAUGUCCUUGAGACCAAGGAGUCCAAGCUCGCAUCACAAACAAGCGAGCAAGCCAGACAAAGAUGCUUAUUACUGCGACAAAAGGUUAGUGCAGUCCCUUGUGUUAGAUGCCUUGGUCACCGAUGGCUUCGAUAAAAGAGGUGCAAUGCAUAAAGAGGAUAAUCAAAGUCAAGGGAAGGGCAGAUUUGGUGUAACACGGAGUUUUAUCGCAACUAGAAGCGGUCUUUUUCGUUGGCACGAGCACCAGCAAAACGAAGAAACCAUCGAAGAACCAUCUUUUGCCGAGAAAUACGCAAGAGCAAUGGACUCAUCGUGGUACAAACGCGCCGUGGAUCAACAUUCGAUCGAACCGGAGAGCUUCGUUUUUAGCGUUCCGUUCGACGCCGCCGAUACCGUUAAUCCUUUGGUCACCGCUACUCACGCGGUCUUCAUCGGGAAAGGACACAAGGCACCAGCAGCGGUCGUAGGUCUGCAGUUUCAACAUUCCUCUCUGGCUUCACACUUUGUCAAUAUCACUUCAACGUGCAGUGGCACGAAUUGCAAGAAAAACUGUGCUUCCGAAGAAUUGGACUGUUAUAUCUUAGACAAUAACGGAUUCAUUAUAAUCAGUGAACGUCACGAGCAUACCGGAAAGUUUUUUGGCGAAAUAGACGGUACUAUUAUGGAUUCUCUGGUUCAAGAUAGAAUAUACAGAAAAGUAACCGUGACCGACUACCAAGGCAGAUGUAGUCCGCAAGAGUCUCAUCAAUCUGCCGCUUCAAGAACGUUAUCGGACUCUAUCGUGACGACGAUCGCGAUAUUUGGAAAUUUCCUGUGGAACGUGGCUUUCGCUUUUAAUUUCCAACAUUUCUGGCAAGAUGCGUUCGCGUUCGCGUUCGCGUUCGCCGACGAAUCUGCUCUGCCAUUAGAUGGAGGAAGAGAAGAGGCGCAGGAAUUGGAACCGUUUGCAGCCGGGGGAGGAGAUUCGACCGACGAUCCAACGUUCGGGGAGAACGAACAGUUUCCCAAAGUUCCUGCGAUCGCUACUGUGACUCCUGUAUCUCCUGGCACAACCAGAGCUACUUCUACCUAUUAUCCGCAAAAAAAGUUACGCUCGUGCGAAAAGAAAACGGACCUUUAUAUCUUACAGCCUGAAAGAUUGAAUACCAGUGGGCAGAGCAAUCCUUUGAAGGGCAAGUUAACCAAUUGUCACGUGACCGGUUGCGAGAGACCGUUCAGCGUACAAAAGAUUCGCCAUACGAAUUUAAUUCUACUGGUGGUAGAUACCUUGUGUCCAUGCGGAAGUAAACAAUUGAGCAUCGAACCUAUAGAAGCUCUGACAGAGCCUGGAGCUUGCAUCGCGAGAAGAGAACGGCUGUAUCGUCGGAGACCUCCGAAAUGUAUCAACUACCAUCCAGAAGAAAUGGAGAUCAAGUUUUGCGGAGAUGCGAGUCGACCUUCGCGCCUAUAUUUCACGUUGUUUAUUACCAUUUUUAUCAGCAUUUUCGCAAAACCGCUCGCGUGACUUUGUUUGAAUUAAUUACACGCACGCAUACCCGUACAGACGUACAGUUACUCGGAAGAGAAUGCAACACGACGCAACACGACGGAACACAAUACACAACAGAGGAGGCAAGCAAGCGCGCAGACACCCAUUAACUUUUUGAAAUGAAUUUAGCGUUGUCGUUUCUAUGAAACAGUUAUAUAUAUAUACCUAUAUAAAAGAAAAAAGAAAAAAAAAUGGUAUACUAGUUGAUCGGUUUAAUACUUGUAUUUGACGAAUACGUGCAUACGAAUGAGCAAACGAGCGCAUGCGAGCGUGCGUGCGUGUGCAUCCGUGCGCGCGCGAUGCAUAUACAUAUGUAUCUAUCUACAUAUAUGUAUAUCGUAUGUACUUACGUAUCGGUGCAUAAGCGCACAGUCAUGCAGAUGCACGCGUCUUCUUUUUCGGGCAUUGGGCACGCGUGCGCAUGCAUGCGGAAUGUACAUAUACAAAUACACGAUAUUAAUGUUGAUCGAGGGAGGUGUACGAUUCCAUAUGUAUAUGGAUCAUACAUGCAUACAUAUAUUAUUGUAAAUUUCUGUUGUGGGAAACUUGUGAAUAUUUCCUAAUCGUACUACAUACAUAUGUCGAAUCUAAUUCUCCCAACGCCUAACACGAAUCGAUGAAAUCGUUCGUAAUUCGCGAUACGCUUAAACAGACUAACGAUAAGAACGACGAUAACACAAGCGAACGUAUGUAGAGUAUAUUAGUAUAUUGUACUUAAAAGUCUAAUUUACCGUGAAGCAAGAAAACAGUUGAACGUUUCGUUAGUCGUCGCCAUCGUCGCCGUCGUUGUUGUUUCGAGAGAGCAUCAAAUUGGAAAAGAUAGCACAUUUCCAUUUGAAUAUCGGUAUUUCUCCGUUUCUCAGAGUCACCAUUUAAUUUUAAUCACACACUGCUGAUUACUAGCUAAAUACACAUAUAUUUAACGUAAGUAAAGUAAGAAUAAAGUUCGAUUAGGUAGGCAGAAUUGUGAGUUCGGUAAGAGACGAUCGCUAUCAUGCACAGCAGUUGUUCGAAUCGGCUUCGAUCAGUGCGCUGAGAAUACAGGUGUCGUUAAUCGGUAUCCGUGUACAUAAUCUCGCGUUAUCGAGCAUAGUUUCUCACAUACAUAGUAUGUAAAUACAUAAAAGCAACUGCGACAACUAGACUAGGUACCAAUCCCUAGCCCUGGUUCUUUUAGCGAGACUUUGCUGUACCUAUCAACUGGAAAGAAGGGAUAAAAAAAUAUUGAACGAAAAGGGUUGUUCGUUCGCAAGGUAGAAAAAAUGUAGCUAAAAAUUUGAGCUAAAUUUAUUGUCACUUUCAUAAAACACCCGCAAUUGAACCGUGUAUCGUUCCUUUUAAAAACUUUUUUAUUACCGAAAUGUGUAAGAAUGAAAAAGCAAAGAACAAUGAAUCCAAUAUCGCGUAAAAGUUGAGAAACAACGAAACACCUUUGGUGGAAUGGAAUCUUUAGACAAUGAUCGUGAUGUAGCAGCAUCGAUGAAAAUACUACGUGUGCGGUAGAUAUUGUACGUAUCUAAGUAGUUGCAUGAUACAUACGGAGGAAUUCGGUACAGUUGUUUGCUGGUGAAAAAGUCGAAAAUUAAACGAAUGGAAAAAGCGAAAUCGUUAAACAUAUAUAUGUACAUACACAAGUAGUUACUAAUAUAUGCGUACGCGUGUGUUUCGUCGUCUCUUACGUUGUCUACGUAUGCGUAGGUAUUAUAAAAUGUUACAGAAUGUCGUCGUAACGUUACAAACGGAUGGCCACGUUAAAAAGGCAAUACCGAACAUAAAGGACGACGAAUGAAAAAACUGAAAUGAAACUUUUAAUAUUCCAUUACUAUGAAUUUCCAAGUUUCUUUAUCAAGAAUAACUCUAAUACACAUCGUUCACAUAUCUGCGACUGUAAAGAUGUAUCGCUUUAAACGUCGCGACAAAAGCGUGGAUUACACUACGAAACUGCUAUAUCGGAAUAAUAAAAUUCAACUUUACAAGAAAAAGAAAA